AAAAUUUCAAGUUUUUUUUCGCUCCUGUCGCUCCUCGCUGUACACCUUUCCACAUGAACAUAUUGAACAUUGAAUAAUAUCACGAUAUAGAAUUCUGACGCAUACGCCUUACAAAUCACGAUUUAAAUUGUUUCUACGAAAUUUUUCACCGGGUGGGGCCACAAAAAGAAAAAAUACCGAUAAGGUUCGCGUACGCGACACAGAUAGAUAACUAUAUAGCUACCUACUACGUCUGCAGCAUUAUAAUAGCCUCACCGAUAGUAAAAAGUACCUUUACAGGUGGUCGUACAUUUUUUUUGCUUGAGCAUUGAUGAGUUCGGCUAUCUUUAUGUUUUUUUACCAUACUACUGCAGGGUUAUUAAAAGUAUUUACUACACAGGGACGCAAUCAGUGGUCUUCGAAGCAUAAAAUGUCAUAGGUUAUCCAUUUUCUUGAAAAACGCUUGGUAUUAUGUAUUGCAAUGAAUUGGUCAACUUCACUUUUCAAAAAUCUUUUCAGAUGUAAAGCUUCGCACGUGCUGAUAUGGUGUUCUAUUAUUAUCAUUAUUUAUAUAGGCCUAUUUUACUUCUCUUCCUCUAAAAAUGAUAGACCUACACUGGAACAACCUGAACCAAUAAUCAAUCAGAAGGCAUCAUAUCCUGAACAUGUUUUACCUGCUCUGGAACAACAUGAACCAAAUCAGAAGGCAACUUAUCCUGAACAUGUCUUACCUUCUCUGGAACAACACAAACCAAUUUCUAAUCAAAAGCCGGUAUAUCCUGAACAUGUCUUACCUGCUGUGAAACAACCUAAAUCAAUCUCUAAUCAAAAGCCAUCCUAUCCUGAGCAUGUCCUAUGUGUACUCGUAACAUACCGAGAAAGAUUUGAACACUUACUCGAAUUCGUACCCCAUAUGAGCAGAUUUCUGAAUCAUCAGUCGAUCACAUAUCAUAUUAUUGUUAUCAAUCACUUACCUGAUGGAUAUCGCUUCAACAAAGGAUCUUCUUAUAACGCUGGGUUUCUCAUUAUGGAAAAAAAAUUUCCAGAAUGUGAUUACAUUGCGCUGCAUGAUAUCGAUACGUUACCUUUGAAUGUUGAAAUACCUUACACGUAUCCAGGAAAUGGUGGUUUUCAUCCGAUUCCCAUGGGAUAUCAUCCUAUUCGCGUAUAUUCUAAUCCAUAUUAUAUUAGCGGGAUUUUCCUCAUGUCAAGCGAACAAUUUAGGCGUAUGAAUGGAUAUGGCAAUAAUUUUUGGGGAUGGGGAUUCGAAGAUUAUGACUUCUACCUUCGUGUAACGAAAUACUCUAUACCAUGGACGCGACUGCAACCUGAUGAUAUUUCUACAGAUCAGACUAAUUCAUUCAAACACUUACAAUCUGGAGCAACAACCUCGCGUGAUGCUAUAUGGUGCGGGAACCAAGCACAAGCAUCAGGGACUCGGGAUCGCACAGAUCAUACGGGACUGAGUGACGUGAAUUUUACCAUCGCUUCAGAGAACGUUUUAACUAUCGACGGAUUUCCCGUUUAUUUAUUCAACAUUCAUAUAAAAUGUAUUUUCAAAAUAACUCCGUGGUGCAAACCUUUCUGCGUGGAAAAUCUAACCCUUCCAAAAACCAUCUGGGAGCUUACCGAUUACAGCGCGAGAAACCCGCAAAUGAAACCGGCCAGUUUUCAAUCGAACCCAGAACCUGAUUCGGCGAUGUGGGAUAAAAUCUGGAACAAUGAACGAUCAACUAGUCCUUGAUUAGUGUUGAUAUAAGCGCAACACUGUUUAUGUAAUUUGAAAGAAUUUUUAUUGAAGCUUUUGCCAUAUGUCCACAA